AUGACAUCCACCUCAAGGGCGAAUGCCAUCGCGCAGACCGUCAUAUCGCAGUUCCGAAAGCUACCAGCGAAGCGAAAGCCCGCCGUCCGAACUAACGGGCUGCACGAAUGGGUUCCGUUGAGCGGCAUUGUCGCCGAACAAGAUGGAGAAUGGACCUGUCUAGCCUUGGCCACAGGCAUGAAGUGUCUUCCGGCCUCGAGGCUUCAUGAGGCAAAUGGAAACGGGAUUCACGAUUGGCACGCCGAGGUUCUUGCUAUUCGGACAUUCAACCGGUUUGUCAUGGACGAGUGCCGAUCUUUACAGAGAGAGAAGCGUACUUCAGUUCUGCAGGCAAGCGGCUCGCAUCAACGUAGACCCUUCCGCAUCCGAGACGGCUUGAAGCUUCACAUGUACUGCUCGGAAGCACCCUGUGGAGAUGCAAGCAUGGAGUUGAUAAUGGCAGCCCAAGACGACGCAUCGCCAUGGGAUGUCCCCCCGUCGCCCGCGACGACACAGUCAGGUCCAACCACGACAUCGCUUCCGGGUCGAGCCUAUUUCUCCCAGUUGGGUGUUGUUCGACGCAAGCCUGCACGGGGCGAUGCCCCUCCCACCUUGUCCAAAUCUUGCUCCGACAAAAUCGCCCUCAAGCAGUGCACGUCGCUCCUCUCAUCGCUGACGUCGCUCUUUGUCGAUCCGGCCAGCGCGUAUAUCGACACUUUGGUGCUCCCCGAGUCUCAGUACUCAGCUCAGGGUUGUCAGAGGGCGUUCUCGGAACGGCUAAGCAAUUUGACGAAUGCGUCUUGGCUAGGGGGCUAUCAGUUCCGUCCGUUCAAAGUCGAGACCACGGACGAAGAGUUUGAGUUUUCGCGAAAUAAAGUAAGACAAGACUCUGAAAAGAUGGCGCCGAGUAAUAUUGCGGCCGCAUGGUCUGCAUCGGGGGUGGAGGAGACGAUACUAGGUGGUGUCAUCCAAGGGAGGAAGCCCUUCGACCCAAAGGGUGCGAGUAACAUGUCCAGGAGACAGUUGUGGGCUGCUGCCGUGGAAGUAUCUAACAGUUUAGAUGGCCACCAAGACAUCAGGCAGCUUUUGAGCUCCAAGACCUACCAAGAUGUCAAGGACGGGGACUUAUUGGCGGAUAGACGACGUGUCAAGGACCUUGUUCGAACGACUGCGUUGGCUGGCUGGGUUCCAAACCGAGGCGACUCAAGUUUCUCACUGUGUACCAGUGCCUGA